ACGCGCGCGCCCCCGCCGCCCCGCGCGCGCCCGCCCGCUCUGCCUCUGCGCCUGCCCUCCCCGCUCGCUCCUGCUCUCGCCUCCUCCUCGCGGUCCCUGCGGUCUCGGGCUCCGCGCGCGCCCCCCACGCACACGCACACACACGCGCGCACACGCGCAGCCGGUACAGGCGGCGGCGGCGGCGGCGGCGGCGGCGGCGGCGGCUGCUCAAGUCAGGACGAUCCUCUCUAGGUACCGUCUUGAGCCGGCGGCGGCGGCGGCGGCGGCGGCGGCGGCGGCGGCAGCCCGAGCAUCCCUGCUCGCCCCGGAGAGCGAGCGAGCGAGCGGCGCCCAGAGUUGCCAUUCCCUCGGCCGUUCCCUUCCCCCCUUCCUCCCCUUGAUUUUUGCGAGACAAUUUCUUCUCCGCUUAUCGGUUCAAUUUGAUUUUUGAGAAUUUGGGGUUGCUUUUGUGUGUGUGCUUUUUUUUUUUCCCACCCCCCCUCCCUCCUCCCUUCCUCAUUUUAUUUGCAUCCAGAGCAUGGCGGGCUGCGGGCUGUCGGAAGACACCUUCUCUCCCUUCUUUUACAACUACGGCUCCUCCUGGGAAACCCCUUCCAACCAGGUUUUUUGCGAAAAUCAGUGAACUUAUAUUGGUAAAAUUGGAGCCCCAUGGAUGAAGGGUACUUUUGUGCUGCUCUGGUUGGUGAAGACCAGCCUCUUUGCCCAGAUCUUCCUGAACUUGACCUCUCUGAACUAGACGUGAACGACUUGGAUACAGACAGCUUUCUGGGUGGACUCAAGUGGUGCAGUGACCAAUCAGAAAUAAUAUCCAAUCAGUACAACAAUGAGCCUUCAAACAUAUUUGAGAAGAUAGAUGAAGAGAAUGAGGCAAACUUGCUAGCAGUUCUCACAGAGACACUGGACAGUCUCCCUGUGGAUGAAGACGGAUUGCCCUCAUUUGAUGCACUGACAGAUGGAGAUGUGACCACGGAGAAUGAGGCUAGUCCUUCCUCCAUGCCUGACGGCACUCCUCCCCCUCAGGAGGCAGAAGAGCCGUCUCUACUUAAGAAGCUGUUACUGGCACCGGCCAACACUCAGCUAAGUUAUAAUGAAUGCAGUGGUCUCAGCACUCAGAACCAUGCAAACCACAAUCACAGGAUCAGAACAAACCCUGCAGUUGUUAAGACCGAGAAUUCAUGGAGCAAUAAAGCGAAGAGCAUUUGUCAACCGCAAAAGCCACAAAGACGUCCCUGCUCAGAGCUUCUCAAGUAUCUGACCACAAACGAUGACCCUCCUCACACCAAACCCACAGAGAACAGGAACAGCAGCAGAGACAAAAGCACCUUCAAAAAGAAGUCCCACACACAAUCCCAGUCGCAACAUUUACAAGCCAAACCAACAACUUUAUCUCUUCCUCUGACCCCAGAGUCACCAAAUGACCCCAAGGGUUCCCCAUUUGAGAACAAGACUAUUGAACGAACCUUAAGUGUGGAACUCUCUGGAACUGCAGGCCUAACUCCACCCACCACUCCUCCACAUAAAGCCAACCAAGAUAACCCUUUCAGGGCUUCACCCAAGCUGAAGUCCUCUUGUAAGACUGUGGUACCUCCACCAUCCAAGAAGCCCCGCUACAGUGAGUCUUCGGGUACCCAAGGCAAUAACUCCACCAAAAAAGGGCCCCAACAGUCUGAGCUGUACGCACAGCUCAGCAAGACCUCAGUGCUCACCAGUGGACAAGAGGAGAGGAAGACCAAGCGGCCGAGUCUGCGGCUGUUCGGUGACCAUGAUUAUUGUCAGUCAAUUAAUUCCAAAACGGAAGUACUCAUUAAUAUUUCACAGGAGCUCCAAGACUCCGGACAACUAAACUAUAAAGAUGCCUCCUCCAAUGGUCAGGGGCAGAUUUGUUCUUCCACAGAUUCAGACCCGUGCUACCUGAGAGAGACUGUGGUGGCCGGCAAGCACACCUCUCCUUGCAGCGCCCGGAAACAGCUCCAAGACCAGGAAAUCCGAGCCGAGCUGAACAAGCACUUCGGUCAUCCCAGUCAAGCUGUUUUUGACGACGAAGCAGACAAGACCAGUGAACUGAGGGACAGUGAUUUCAGUAAUGAACAAUUCUCCAAACUACCUAUGUUUAUAAAUUCAGGACUAGCCAUGGAUGGCCUGUUUGAUGACAGCGAAGAUGAAAGUGAUAAACUGAGCUACCCUUGGGAUGGCACGCAGUCCUAUUCAUUGUUUGAUGUGUCACCUUCUUGCUCUUCUUUUAACUCUCCGUGUAGAGACUCUGUGUCACCACCCAAAUCCUUAUUUUCUCAAAGACCCCAAAGGAUGCGCUCUCGUUCAAGGUCCUUUUCUCGACACAGGUCGUGUUCCCGAUCACCAUAUUCCAGGUCAAGAUCACGGUCCCCAGGAAGUAGAUCAUCUUCAAGAUCUUGCUACUACUAUGAGUCCAGUCACUGCAGACACCGUGCACACCGAAAUUCUCCUCUGUGCGCAAGAUCACGGUCGAGAUCCCCCUACAGCCGUAGGCCCAGGUAUGACAGCUAUGAGGAAUAUCAGCACGAGAGGCUGAAGAGGGAAGAAUACCGCAAGGAGUAUGAGAAGCGGGAGUCCGAGCGGGCCAAGCAAAGAGAGAGGCAGAGACAGAAGGCAAUUGAAGAACGCCGUGUGAUUUAUGUUGGUAAAAUCAGGUCUGACACUACACGGACAGAACUGAGGGACCGUUUUGAAGUUUUUGGUGAAAUUGAGGAGUGCACAGUAAAUCUACGGGAUGAUGGAGACAGCUAUGGUUUCAUUACCUACCGUUAUACCUGUGAUGCUUUUGCUGCUCUUGAAAACGGAUAUACUUUGCGCAGGUCAAAUGAAACUGACUUCGAGCUGUACUUUUGUGGACGCAAGCAAUUUUUCAAGUCUAACUAUGCAGACCUAGAUUCAAACACAGAUGACUUUGACCCUGCUUCCACCAAGAGCAAGUAUGACUCUCUGGAUUUUGACAGUUUACUGAAAGAAGCUCAGAGAAGCUUGCGUAGGUAACAUGGUCCCUGGCUGAAGAUGACAGAGGGACAGUGAAUACCUCACAGGACAGCGCGUCCUUCCCUACCAGACUAUUGCAAGUCAUACUUACGAUUUCUCCUACUUUACACUCUCCGUACAAAAACAAAACAAAACAACAACAAUACAGCAAGAACAACACAACAACAACAAUAACAACAACAGCAAACAACAAUGGUUUACAUGAACAUAGCUGCUGAAGAGGCAAGAGACAGAUUGGAUAUCCAGUAAGCACAUGUCUAUUCAGGUGUCAGCUUUGCUUUCCCUGGAGUCUCCUGGUGAUGGUGUGUGUGUGUGUGUGUGUGUGUGUGUGUGCGUGUGUGUGUGUGUGUGCGCGUGCAUGUAUGUGUGGGGGGGAAGUAUGUGUGUACAGGUAGGGACUGGGGCACCUAAUGAGAGUGUGCAAGAGGAAACCACUUCAAAUGGCAGCAGUUCAAUGAAGACACACUUAAAACCUAAAACUUCAAAAUGUUCGUGUUCUAUUCAAAAAGAAAAACAUAACGCAUACAUUCAAAAGGAAAGAAAACUAACCAACCUACCACAAACCACCCGAAAAUGACAGUCGCUGAUGUCUGGGCAUCAGCUUCCGUACUCUGUUUUGUAAGAACGUGCAAAAUCAACUCGAAGCAAGCUUUCUCUCAUAACAUAAUGAUUAUAUGACAAUCCCGAAGCAAACACAGAUUCCACAGGACUAAUAUCCUUUGUCUUUUUUCUUCUCUCUCUCUCUCUUUCUCUCUCUCUCUCUCUCUCUCUCUCUCUCUCUCUCUCUCUCUCUCUCUCUCUCUCUCUCUCUCUCUCCCCUCUUUCCUUCCAUUUUUCCUUUUGCCAUGGAGUCUGGGUGGGAGAAGAUACUGCAGGCACUGGAAUGCUAAACUUUCCUAACAUUUUGAAGUUUCUGUAGUUCGUCUUUUAUCCUGACACUUCUGUCCAUGUCCAAAAUGUUGAUCCUCCACUACAGAUUUUUGAAGCGUUGUCAAUGGUCAAGCCUGCUGCUUUUUCAGUGGUUCUUUCUGAGGAGCGGGCGCGGUGUUACAUUACUAAGGAGAGUUUGUGUGCAACUCUCUGGGGUGUGUUCAGAUAGUGUAACUGCUACAUUCUCUGAUGUAGUUAAGUAUUUACAGAUGUUAAAUGGAGUAUUUUUAUUUUGUGUACAUACUCUACAACAAUGUUCUUUUUUUGUUACAGCUAUGCACUGUAAAUGCAGCCUUCUUUUCAAAACUGCUAAAUUUUUCUUAAUCAAGAAUAUUCAAAUGUAAUUAUGAGGUGAAACAAUUAUUGUACACUAACAUAUUUAGAAGCUGAACUUACUGCUUAUAUAUAUUUGAUUGUAAAAACAAAGACAGCGUGUAUGUCCGUUGAGUACAGCCACAACAAAACGAUGCUUUAUGCACAUCAUCCCUUCUUAGGUGAGCUUCAAAUCUAAGCAUCUUGUCCAGAAAUAUCCUAGUCCCCUAAAGGUAUUAACCACUUCUGCGAUAUUUUUCCACAUUUUCUUGUUGCUUGUUUUUCUUUGAAGUUUUAUACACUGGAUUUGUUAGGGGAAUGAAAUUUUCUCAUCUAAAAUUUUUCUAGACAAUAUCAUGAUUUUAUGUAAAGUCUCAAUGGGUAACCAUUAAGAAAUGUUUUUAUUUUCUCUAUCAACAGUAGUUUUGAAACUAGAGGUCAAAAAUCUUUUUAAAAUGCUGUUUUGUUUUAAUUUUUUGUGAUUUUAAUUUGAUACAAAAUGCUGAGGUAAUAAUUACAGUAUGAUUUUUACAAUAAUUAAUGUGUGUCUGAAGACUAUCUUUGAAGCCAGUAUCUCUUUCCCUUGGCAGAGUAUGAUGAUGGUAUUUAUCUGUAUUUUUUACAGUUAUGCAUCCUGUAUAAAUACUGAUAUUUCAUUCCUUUGUUUACUAAAGAGACAUAUUUAUCAGUUGCAGAUAGCCUAUUUAUUAUAAAUUAUGAGAUGAUGAAAAUAAAUAAAGCCAGUGGAAAUUUUCUACCUAGGAUGCAUGGCAAUUGUCAGGUUGGAGUUGUUUCAUUUGGGAAAUUCAGCUUUUGCAGAAGCAGUGUUUCUACUUGCACUAAGCAUGGCCUCUGACGUGACCAUGAUGUUGUUCUCGAUGACAUUGCUCCUGCUAAGUUCAAUAAAAGCAAACUUCAGAAAAACCUCCAUUUUGAGCAUCAGGAUUUCAUCUGAGUGUGGAGGCCCUGGAAUGGAAGACAGUAAUAUUUGGAGUGUGUAUUCAAGUUUCUAAAUUGAGAUUUGAUUACAGUUUGGCCAGCGUGACUUUUCUGGAAGACGUGAGAUACCUACUCCUUAGUCGCUCUUUUCCUUUCUCUCACCCAACAUGAUCUUAUGAAAUGGAUUUCACCCCCCUGGGUCGAUGCAGCUCAUUUUCAUAGCUGCAUUCAUUUAUCACCAGCAUAUUGUGUUCUGAGUGAAUCCACUGUCUGUCCUGUCGGAUGCUUGCUUGAUUUUUUGGCUUCUUAUUUCUAAGUAGAUAGAAAGCAAUAAAAAUACUAUGAAAUACAAGAGCUUGUUCACAGGUUCUGCGUUACAACAGUAACACAUCUUGAAUCCGCCUAAUUCUUGUUGUUCUGUAGGUUAAAUGCAGGUAUUUUAACUCUGUGUGAACGCCAAACUAAAGUUUACAGUCUUUCUUUCUGAAUUUUGAGUAUCUUCUGUUGUAGAAUAAUAAUAAAAAGACUAUUAAGAGCAAUAAAUUAUUUUUAAGAAAUCAAUAUUUAGUAAAUCAUAUUAUGUGUUCAAGGACCAGAUGCGUUCUCUAUUUUGCCUUUAAAUUUUUGUGAUCCAAUUUUAAAUACAUUCUCCUUUUUGCCCUGGAUGGUUGACAUGAGUAAAAUACAUGGGUUUCUUUUCUUACUUGUCAAAGAUAGAACUGCAGAUUUCAUGUUGAGGAUUAAUUUAUGCCCCCCUCUGGCCUGACAAAUAUUCUUACCAUGAAGAUAGCUUUCCUCCAUGGACGUCAAGUUGUUUUAAAAUAAGAGCAAAGAGAGAAUCACUAAACCAUCCCAAUAGAGCUUUUGUAUCUUAUGCAGACACUGUGGGUAGCCCAUCAAAAUGUAAACUGUGCUUCUUUCAUUUUUAUUUUUAAUUUUUGGAGAGAAUAUUUCAAAUGAACUCAUGCACCCCAUCAUCACUGGAGGUAAAUUUCAGCAUAGAUCGUUAGGGGUUUCAGAUGACCGUGGGCCAUUGCCUUCAUGCUGUGGUAAGUACCACAUCUACAAUUUUGGUAACUGAACUGGUGCUUUAGAAGUGUGUGUGUGUGCGUGUGUGUAUGUGUGUAUGUAUGUGUGUGUGUGUGAGUUAAAAAGAUAUAGCAGAAUAAUUCUUCCAGUGCAACAAAAUUGAUUUUUGCUAAACGACUCCAAGAACAACAGUUGGGCUGUCAACAUUCAAAGCAGCAGAGAGGGAACUUUGCACUAUUGGGGUGUUAUGGUUGGGUCAGUUGAAAAAGGAAACCUUUUCAUGCCUUUAGAUGUGAGCUUACAGUAGGUAAUGAUUAUGUGUCCUUUUUUGAUGGCUGUAUCGAGAACUUCAAUCACUGUAGUCUAAGACCUGAUCUAUAGAUGACCUAGAAUAGCCAUGUAAUAUAAUGUGAUGAUUCUAAAUUUGUACCUAUGUGACAGACAUUUUCAAUAAUGUGAACUGCUGAUUUGAUGGAGCUACUUUAAGAUUUGUAGGUGAAAGUGUAAUAACUGUUGGUUGAACUAUGCUGAAGAGGGAAAGUGAGAGAUUAGUUGAGCCCUUCCUGGGCCUUUUUUUUUUCCACCUGCCAAUUCUACAUGUAUUGUUGUGGUUUUAUUCAUUGUAUGAAAUUUCCUGUGAUUUUUUUUAAAUGUGCAGUACACAUCAGCCUCACUGAGCUAAUAAAGGGAAACGAAUGUUUCAAAUCUA